AUGUCAUUAAACCCCUCCAUAAAUGCAUUCAGAGAAGGAGGGGGUUUUAGUGAUUGUCCUUAUCCAACUGGAGAUUUUGAUAGUAUUGUGAUUGGGAUACCUCCACAAUCACCAAUUCCCAUAAUUAACCAACCUUCAACAGGUUGUUCCUCCGAGUUUAUUAUUAUAGAUAACAUUAAAUUAUUUCAUCAGCCACAUCAUCAUAACCAUAACAAAUUAUUUGUACAUAGAGGAGUAAAUCAACGAUAUGGAAAUAUGGAAUUUGAUGAUAUUGAAAACAGUUUAUUUGAUGAUCUUUCCUCAGGUGCAUCAUCCAUAAACCCAUCACCUAGAGUAAACCAACCAUCCGAUUCAAGACUAUCGUACCGAGUGGUAAUAGAGCCGGAAAGUCCAAUUUGCUUACACCAAGUUGAAACUCCUAUAAUUGGGAAAGAAUCUAACUCACAACCUUUUAGUACUGUGGACCAAUCUCAAGCCUUACCUUGUAGUCAUUUAGAAGAAAUACAAGACAAACUAAUCAAAGACCUGCUCAAAGACGAAUUCAAAAUUCCAAUUUUUGAAAAUAACUCAAAUACUGUAAAUUAUGAUAAUGUAAAUAACAAAACAAAAAGACCAACUCCUUCCCUUAGAACCUUGAAACAACCAAAUCCAGCAACCAAAAAUAAUCAAUCCAAUCUUCAAAAAGCCAUCAACCAAAGAAUUCAUUUCAGUAGGACUUUAACAUCAAAGAGAUCAGGAUCAGCUCCUCUUUCAAGGCCAAUUACAAAUACUCCAGAACCUAAAUCGAAUAAUGUUAUUAAAAAUUUGGAGAAAGCUAUGGAUACUCUCUAUUCAACCCAAAGAAAACCUGAAAAUCCUAGACCAGGCUCAACGCAGCCGUUUUUUAACAAUAACUCAUUAGAAAAGCAGGUUGAGCAAUUGAUAGAAAAUCAGACAAGGAAGAAAUCAACUCUUAAAAUUUUUAUUGAUAAUUCAAACAAUGUGGAGUAUGUCAGAGACAGAAAGAAGGUGAAAUAUGAAGGUAUGAAAACUUACAAUUCAAAUAAGAAGAAUAUUGACUCUUUUCCUGAAAUGCCUCCUAAAAGAGUUGAUAGCGAAAAAUUAAUUUCUAGUCAAACUUCAAGUUUGACCACAUGGGAUAAACUAAAGCUAGGCACAGCAAACCUUAAAAAAAGAAUUGAAUCAAUGAAGAGCUCAUUACAAAGGUGUGGUUCUCAGCUAAGGGUUGAAAAAAUACUGGGAAGUGUAAGUUCGAAUAACUUGUUGGUGGCAUCGACUUCAAGCUCUUCAAAGUUAAUUCCUCCAACAAUAGAAUACAGAAGAAGCUCAACAAAACGAGAACUAACAAAACAAAAAGGAAUAUCUCCAGAUUUAUUUAACGAAAAUUCAAUAUUAUGCCAAAUGUUCAAUCUACUUUCUGAAAUUAAUAAUAAGGAUAAAGUGAAGAUAAAGUGGACACUUAAAAAAAAGUACAAGGUUAUGAUUGCUCAAGAAAAAGCACGAAAAAAAGAAGCAAAUUUAAAGGGAAUUUAUGAACAUAGAAAGAGAUUGACAAGAUUCCAACUCCAAGCAGUAUUGAACACCGUUCAUCCAGCAAGAAUAGCACCUGAGAUAGAAGCUGCACAAAUUCCACCAAAAAAUAAGAACUCUCUUACUCCCAGUAACUCAACCCUGCGAUCGGCUAGUCCUAAUUUAGUUGAUACCACAAGAACUUCCUCUAAUUUAUUAGAAUAUCAUGAAAAGAAUAAGGAAGAUAUUUUGAAACAACUAAACAUAAUUGAGCAUCUUAAUAGUACUCUGUUUUCUAAUGAUGUAAGCAGAAAAGUGAAAUUUGGUAAUCAAAAAUCAAACAACAAAAAUGACAGUAAUUCUCAACAUUGUGAGAGAAGACAAUCAAUUGUUUCCAAUUCAGAAAUAUCAGAAACUUUGCAACAAGCAAAAAUUUCAAGACCACAAUCAGCUCCAUCCAAGAAGCAAUCAGAACCAACCCUCCAAACUAAAAAGUGGAAUCUUCAAGAUGUAAUGAUUGAAAAGGAACUGUCCAAACAGAAAAAGAAAAUUCCAAAACCAAAGAAAAGUUUAUAUGCACUAGCAACCACUUUUUCAGAAACAAAGCUGAAAUUAUUUAACCCAUAUUCUCCAAAUGUAAAGGAAAAUUCUGAGAAUUAUUCACAACAUGAUCAAACAAGGAAAAAUAAGAGUAAGGGAAACAGUCUAGUAACAGAAUUCCAAAAAAUGGUUCUGGAAGAGAAUACCUCAAGUUCUGGAUUGAACAGAAGUGCUAUGAGUGAAAUAGAUGAAGCACCCAGAGAUACGUAUGAUUUUAGUACUGUUAAUCCUUUCGAUGCUGUAAAAAAUCUUAAUCUGACAAAACAACCAGCUUCCAUGAGUGAGAUGCUUUCCAUUUCCACAAAUCUGCCCAACAAUUCGGCAGAAGAAUCACAUCACAAGGAGGAGAAUGCCAGCUAUAAGAAAAAACCAAAAUUAAAACCUCCACUAGAUACUGGACUGAGGAAAGUCAAGAAAGAUCAAAAAGUGGAUAUAGGGCUUGUCUGUACUACAGGUAAUUUCACCUUGUCCUAA